AGGGUAGUAAGUUGUGGACGGAGCCGGUAGGGCAGAAGCCGUUCAGGGUGUUUGCCAUGCUAAGCUCCUCCCUUCCUAGGAAUUGAAACUAAACUGACUCAGGCCACAGGUCUCUGAGACUAGAGUUCCCUGCAGCCAGCUCUUCGGCCACAGGCGCUCCUGUCCCUGCCCUGAGAAUCAUGUGGGAGCUGGAAGAGACCCCCGCCAAGUAUCUGGACAAGUUCAUUGAAAACCGUCUCCUGCCAGACACGCAUUUCCGCAAGCAGAUCAAGGGAGCUGUCCACAUCAUCUCCACUUUCCUGAAGGAGAGGUGUUUCCAAGGUGCCGCCCACCCUGUGCGGGUGUCCAAAGUUGUCAAGGGUGGCUCUUCCGGCAAAGGCACGUCCCUCAGAGGCCGAUCAGAUGCCGACCUUGUGGUCUUUCUUAACAACCUCCGGAGUUUUCAGGAGCAACUUGACAAACGAGGAGAGUUCAUCUGGGAAAUUAAGAGGCAGCUGGAAGCCUGUCAAAGAGAAGAAACCUUUGAAGUGCAGUUUGAGGUCAGGAGUCUGCGGCCUGAGAAGCCCCGAGCCCUCAGCUUUCUGCUCCUGCGCCCUAUUCCCUAUGAAGGGGUGGAGUUUGAUGUACUGCCCGCCUUUGACGUCCUGGGUCAGUGGACCAAUAACAACAGGCCUAACCCUCAAGUCUACAUCAAGCUAAUCCAAGAGUGCCAGGACCUGGGCAGAGAGGGGGAGUUCUCCACCUGCUUCACAGAGCUGCAGCGGGACUUCCUGAGGCAGCGUCCAACCAAGGUGAAGAGCCUCAUCCGUCUGGUCAAGGACUGGUACCAAAAGUGUAAGAAGCAGCUUGGGAAGCCCCUGCCACAGCUGUAUGCCUUGGAGCUCCUGACAGUCUAUGCCUGGGAGCAUGGCAGCAAGCAAACGGAGUUCAGCACAGCUCAGGGAUUUCAGACCGUCUUGAGAUUAGUCCUGAACUACCAGCAGCUUUGCAUCUACUGGACAAAGUAUUACAACUUUGAAAACCCGAUUAUUGGACAAUACCUGAAGAGGCAGCUUGCAAAACCCAGGCCUGUGAUUCUGGACCCAGCUGACCCGACGGGAAACGUGGCUGCUGGAGACCCAAACGGCUGGCGGCGACUGGCAGACGAGGCCAGGGCCUGGCUGAGUUACCCAUGCUUUAAGAAAGGGGAUGGGUCUCCAGUGGGCUUCUGGGACAUGCCAGUGAGACUGUCUGCUUCCACCCUGUCGUCCUUCCCCACAUACCUUCUAUAUAGCGUGGGGCAUCUUGAAGAAGACGAUGAGGAUAAUCGGGUAACUUGUGAACACAGGAUGUAUCAGUCCCAGGAUUAUGGAUGGCGCCCUUUAUCUGCCGGGAGCCUCAGCACAGGCAUGACACCACCCACUGCCCGGAAGGAAGAUGACUGGACGUGUGCCAUCCUAUGAACGCCAAGGGGCCUUAGGGGGAAGGGCUCCAGAAUCAUCCAGGCCAGCCCCCUCAGUUCAGGGGUUGGGGGAGGUCCCUUGAUCCAGAGGGCAGAAGACGGCCCCAAUCCCAACAGUGAGUUGGUGUCAGACCUCAGACUGGAAUCCAGGUCUCCUGACCCCCACCCUUCCCCUGUUCUAUGCUCUUUCCCCUCUCAUAGCUACCGUUUCCCUACGGCCCCACCCUGGCCCAGCCUGUUCUCUGACAGUCAUCUCUGAGAGGCAACCAGAGAGCCUUAACUUUCUUCUGUAUUCCUGGCGGGUGGCUUAUAGUCCAAUAUAUCAUCAAUAACAAUAAAAAGAAUAGCAAAUACCA